AUGUGGUCUCUUAAUCUUUUCCAAGGCAUGGUGGUUCCCUGUGUCUGUCUUCUUGGUUGCUAUUAUUUCUGGUUCUUGCCUCCUGUGAGUGUGGGUUCCCCAAUGUCAAGGGGUGAAAACAGGACUUUGGGAAGAAGCCCUGAGGUUGAGUCUUUAUCCUUUUUGCUCUCCUCAGUAGUUGGAAACAGACCAGACCUCUUACCACCCCUCCUCCAGGUUCUGUCUGAUCGACACCACCAAAACCGCCAAAGGGGGAUGAGAUCGCUGCAGCCGGAUUCCACAGCCCUGGGCUUCAUGAAGAGACUCUACCGGAUGUAUGCUUCCAAAGAAGGCAUCCCAAAGUCCAAUAGGAGCCACCUCUACAAUACGGUUCGGCUCUUUACUCCGGAUGCUGAACCCAAGUGGGACACUGAGGACCAAAGAAUGGGACUUCCUGGUUCAGCAGAUCUAACAUUCAACCUGGAUCGUGUUACAGUCGAGGAACACUUACUCAAGUCUGUCUUGCUCUACUCUUUCAACAAUUCCAUUCCUUUUUCCUCUGCCAUCGUGUGCCCGUGCCAGCUAGUUGUAAAGGAGCUGGAAUCUUCUAGCCCAGAGUGUUCUAGGGCUCCUUGCUCACUGAAUUUCAACCUCGAUCUGAAACUUAGAAAAAAGAGAAGGUGGGUUGAAAUCGAUGUGACCGCUCUACUUGGGCCUCUGAUCGCCACGAACAAGAGGAGCGUUAAAAUGGCUGUGAACUUCACUUGCCUGCAAGAUCGAGACCGUCACAGCUCUGUGCCAAAUGAGCCCCUAAACAAGGCCCUGCUGAGAAGCCCCUCGCUUCUGCUGUAUCUCAAUGACACAAGCAACCAGGCUUACCACAACUGGUAUUCCCUUAGAUCCGGGGAAGAGCCCCCCAUCCCUUGGUCUGGCCAGAGGAGAGGGUUUUCCACUUUUCCAGGGGAGAGAGUGGCUCCCCGGAGAGGUCGGGAAGCACAGAGGCCCAAGAAUCCAGCCUCCUACAACCUGAGCGAGUAUCUCAAGCAGUUCCUCUUCCCCGAGAACGAGUGUGAGCUCCACGACUUUCGGCUGAGCUUCAGCCAGCUGCACUGGGACAACUGGAUCAUUGCCCCCCAGCGCUACAACCCUCGCUACUGCCAGGGCGACUGCCCCAGGGCCGUCGGGCACCGCUACGGCUCUCCCGUGCACGCCAUGGUGCAGAACAUCAUCUACGAGAAACUGGACUCCUCGAUCCCAAGGCCUUCCUGCGUGCCCGCCCAGUACAGCCCCUUGAGUGUUUUGACUAUAGAGCCUGAUGACUCAAUAGCUUAUAAAGAGUAUGAGGACAUGAUAGCAACUAAAUGCACCUGUCGCUAGGACUUCCUCUCCUGGGGAUAAACAAUCAGCUCCUCUGGGAGGAGUGGACUAGCUGUUCUUCUGAGGAAGCUUCGGUUUUGGAGAGCCCUCAUUUGAAGCAAAAUGUCACUCUGUAUAAAAUGCCUAUUAUAUAGACAUCUCAUACCCUGUAGUAGGUAUGGGGAAGGUAAUUGCAUUCAUUUUUUGAAGUAUCUUCCCCUUUUUUUUGGUUUUUCAGUUGU